AUGCCGACCGAACAAGUAAACGACACUCCUAUCACCCCCGAACGACGGGAGCUCAAGGUACCUAACAAGGCCAACCCACUGAGCGUGGCAGAGUCGUUCAAGCAGUACUUUUUUGCCGACGGCAUCGAAAAGGCAGAGUUCAAGGUGCUGUCCAUGCUUCCCUUCUUUCCUGAAACAGAUGGAAAGCGAAAAGCCAAGGUCUGCGAAACAGAGAUCAAAAAGAACACUUACAUCAACGACUUCCAUAUCACCAAUACCGAGCAGCCGGCUUACGACUCUUCGUCUUCCCGAACACUUGUCAUGCUGCACGGCUGGGGAACAGGUAUGGGUCUGUGGUUUGAAAACCUCGACGUUAUCAGUAGCUUGCCAGGUUGGAAUGUCCACGUGCUCGACAACCCUGGAAUGGGCCGAUCUACGCGAGAAACGUUCAACAUCAGCCAGCAUAAGGAUGAUCCUGAUGGACGAAAAAUGGUGGCCGAAACAGAAGAGUGGUACCUAUCCAGACUGGAGGCUUGGCGUGAAAAAAAGGGCCUGGAGCGAUUCGUGCUACUGGGACACUCUCUCGGAGGAUACAUUGCUUCUAUUUACGCCAUGAAGUACCCCAACCGCGUCGAGCGACUCAUUCUGGUGUCUCCUGUCGGCGUGGAACACAUUAAUGGUGUUUCUCUAGAUGGAUCUAUUUCCGAUGGCAGUGAUGGAGCCGGGGCCGUGAAUGGAGCUGAAAGACCUUCUAGUGCCGGAUCAUCGUCUACUGCACCCUCAAAUGCAUCCUCUAAACAACCCCUGGGACUCCAUGCUGGAUCUAUGGCUCCUGUUGAGUCUCCUGACACUCCUCAGUCGCCUGGAGCUACCUCGAACGAUUCCAACCUCGGAACUCAACCAACCGGAGAGGACUCUGUCGUGUCUCAAGAAGAGCCUCAUCCUGGAAGAGAGUUUGAAGUCGGUGAGUUUGACGAUAUCCCCGAUGAUAUUUUUUCGUCGCUUAAACCCGUCGUGUCUGAGAACCAGAUUGACGUCCAUCUUGGUGCGGACCUCGAGAAGCGACGAGAACAAAACAAGCUGCUGGCAUAUAUGUGGCAGUCGCAUUACUCCUUCAUUGGGGCUGUUCGUAUUGCUGGACCCAUGGGCCCCAAACUGGUGGCUCGAUGGAGUUACAUUCGGUUCCAGCAGCUGCCAACCGAGCAACGAGACAUUAUGCAUAUAUACGCCUACCGUAUUUUUGCUGGCAAGGCGUCUGGGGAGCGAGGUCUGACACGUCUCAUGGCGCCUUUCUGCAUUGCUCGACUACCCAUCAUUGACCGAAUCACCAAAAUCAAGUGUCCUUCUUUCUGGAUCUACGGCGAAAACGACUGGAUGAACACUUCUGCAGGACAUGAAGCUGCCAAGAGGCUCAACAAGCUUGGACGUCCCGCUUACUACAAGAUUGUGGCUGAGGCCGGUCAUCACAUCUACCUUGAUAACAUCGAUGCCUUCAACAAGAGUGUUGUCAACUAUCUCAAGGAUGCUGAUGAGGAUGGACGUAUAUAG